UGACCCUGCACUUCAGCCCCGCUCUCUCUCUCUCUCUGGAAAGACGAGUGGAAAUUGGAAUCCAUUCCCACUCUGCUGUGAGAGGAGGCUCAGGCAGGGUGGGUGACCUUGCGGUUGCGGGAGAGAUUUCUUCCCCAAAGUAAAGAGUCACAUGCGUUGGAUUUUGAGGGCAAGAGGCGACACAGAGUGAGAGAGAGAGAGAGAGAGAAAAAGAGAAGGAAGCGAGAGGAAGGAGAGGCCAUUCUCGUCUCGCUUGCUUGCUUUGUUGUUCUUGCGGCUGCCCCGCCCCGCUCCGCCUUCAAUGCUACCGCGUUACUGCUGGAUCUGAGAGACCCAUCGCGUCUGCCUCUGCCUUGAAGCUAAUCUUGAGUUCUUGAGUUCUUGACUCCUGCUUCCCCAAGAUUCUGUUUUUCUUUCGGAAUCCCGUCUUCCGUUGCUGCUUCUUUGCCACAUCCGUGAUAAAGGUGGGAUCUUGGCUAAGUUUCCGGAAGGUUUGAUUUUUUUAUCUUCUCCCUCGGCUUUUGGUUUUGAAGAGACGCAGCCUCUUUUUGGGAAUGCAGUGAUGUGCGUGCUGAUUUGAGUGAGAAGCUUUUCUUCCGGUGCUACAGGUGAGAUUUCACCUCCUCCGCGUUCUUGCACCGCCAAGAGAGAAGGAAAGGGAGAAGAAAGGACAGAAGCGAAAUUCCGUUUGGUUGCUGCGCCAAUCUGCGAUAUUUUCUCGCGAGGAGGCUCAAUUCUCCCUUGAAUUUCGGCGUGUGACAUGAUUUUCUCAUCCAUUUCCACCAAGACGACAGCAGCUGCGACGACACUGUAGUGCUAGCCUAGUGGGCUCCAAUGGCGUCCUCGCCUUCUCCCUCCCCGGGCAACAUCAAGGCCACCUUGCCGCCGUCCACUGCAACCCCAUCACAGGCAUCCACCACACCGUCACCUUCCACUCCCACACCGGCCUCCCUGGCUCCGGUGACGCAGCCCAAUGCCACCCCGGCCGACCCCCCCUCCACGCCGCCGGCUGCGCCCCCUCCCCUUCCCCCCGCAGCCACGCCGCCCCCACAACCCGCUUCCCCACCGCCCUCAUCCCCGCCUCCUCCGGCCACCGUGCCGCCACCGCUAGUAGUUGUUGCUUCUCCACCACCCGCCCCAGUAGUAGUGCCGCCACCCUCGCCACCGGCUGCAAUGCCGCCCCCAUCUACACCUGCUGCCCCUCCAAAGGCUUCGCAAUUGAUCCCCCCUGCGGCAGCAUCGCCACCCCCAUCCAAUUUGCCAGCGCCCAACCCGCCAUCGGACCCAACGCCACCGACGGUAGUGCAGUCACCUCCACCACCACGGCGUCGCAGGCCACCAAGAACGCCUACAAGUCAGCCAGAACCUCCACCCCUGGCGCCACCACCUUCUGGAAUUCCUGUCAAACCUUCCCCGACUAGUCCUUCGCCAACCUCCGGAGAUCCUUUGAUCCCUACUCCCACUAGCCCCUCGCCUCCCGGGGCGCCACCAUCCACGCCAGGCUCUAGUUCUCCGUCGGUGCCAGCCCCAGCCACGGCAGCUGAUCCAACCAGCCCGGCAACCAUCAGCAGCCCUAGUUCCAACAAGUCAUCAAAUCCCAUCACGAAGGGCAGCAGCAACUCACAAAGCAGUGGUGGAAUGACUUCUGGUGCAAAGGCAGGCAUUGGUGUAGUCUUUGCCAUUAUUGUGCUUAGCUUGUUUGGAGCUGCAUUUUGGUACAAGAAGAAACGGAGGAGAGUGCAUGGUUACCAUGCUGGGUUCGUGAUGCCUUCACCUGCCUCGUCUCCUACACAGGUGUUAGCUAAAACUAACUACAGUGCCGGGAGUCCUGAAUCAAAAGAAUCAAUGCCAGAGUUCAGCAUGGGCAACUGUCGGUUCUUCACUUAUCAGGAAUUGUAUCAGAUCACAAAUGGUUUCUCAGCUCAGAGCCUGCUAGGGGAAGGUGGGUUUGGAUCAGUGUACAAGGGUUGCUUGGCUGAUGGAAGAGAGGUUGCAGUUAAGAAACUGAAAGAUGGUAGCGGGCAGGGGGAACGCGAGUUCCAUGCUGAGGUGGAGAUUAUCAGUCGCGUUCAUCAUCGCCAUCUAGUUUCUCUUGUAGGAUAUUGCAUCUCAGAUGACCAGAGAUUGCUUGUCUAUGAUUUUGUGCCUAACAACACACUGCACUAUCAUAUUCAUGGACGUGGAGUGCCGGUUUUGGAUUGGCCAGCUAGGGUUAAAAUCGCUGCUGGCUCAGCUCGGGGAAUAGCCUACCUUCACGAAGAUUGCCAUCCCCGUAUAAUCCACCGAGAUAUAAAGUCCUCUAAUAUUUUACUGGAUAAUUACUUUGAAGCCCAGGUCGCUGAUUUUGGCCUCGCAAGGUUAGCUCUGGAUGCUUGCACGCAUGUAACUACACGGGUGAUGGGAACUUUUGGAUACAUGGCCCCAGAGUACGCGGCGAGUGGCAAGUUGACUGAGAGAUCUGAUGUAUUCUCUUUCGGUGUUGUUCUCUUGGAGCUUAUUACUGGUAGAAAGCCUGUCGAUGCAUCAAAGCCAUUGGGUGAUGAGAGCCUUGUUGAGUGGGCUAGGCCAUUGCUCGUGCAAGCACUUGAGACUGGCAAUGUAGGGGAGCUGAUGGACGCCAGGCUCGAUAAGAAGUAUAACGAAGUUGAAAUUUUCCGCAUGAUUGAAGCUGCUGCAGCUUGUAUUCGACAUUCAGCAUCUCAUAGACCCAGAAUGAGUCAGGUGGUGCGAGCUCUUGAUAGCUUAGCUGAUGUCGAUCUAACCAACGGUGUCCAGCCCGGUAAGAGCGAGAUGUUCAACGGUGCGAAUACGUCAGAGAUCAGGCUGUUUCAGCGGAUGGCAUUUGGCAGCCAAGAUUUCACGACUGAUUUCAGCCAGUCUAGCUGGAACAGCCAGAGUAGAGGUCUCGAUGGCUCUGGUUCAAGGCAAUUGUAAUCAUCUUUGUAAAUUCUUAAUCUGAUUAGCUAGGGCAUCUUGUAUCGGUUUUUUUCUCAUGUUAUUCUUUGAGUGGAUCAAUCAAGUAGUAUUUUUUUGGCCAUCUCUGUCUACCACUAACAUAUAUCAUCUGCUGAGGUCUGCUUGAUUGUGCAAAUUUGGCUCCUCUGACAAACAAAAACUUGUUAACUUGUGCAAUUGCUCAAUUGAGUUUGCAGAU